CUUCCAGCGUUUCUUCUCCUGCUUCUCCCCGAGAAUCUUCCUAAGAAGGUGUCUUUUUUUUUUUUAACGAACGAGUAGAGGACUCGGUGACGCGACUCCUUGGUUUCUUCUCGCCGAGUCACGCCGUAUCUACUCGCUCGUCUUCUUCCUCCACCGAAUCUCUCGAUCAGGUCAGUUCAUUCUCUUCGUUCUUCUUCGAGUUUUCUGCAAUUCCGGAUCUAGGAGCACCGCGAUCGCAUCGGGUUCGAUCCGAAUCCGAUCCCUCACCAUGUGCGAUCGAAGGCCCGUUUUCGUCGGGUCCUUUGUCUUCGGAUUCCUCCUCUUCUUCGUACAUGCCGGUCAGGGAUGCUCCAACACCAGCUCCUUGGCCGGCUUUGAGUCGGAGUUCAGCAUGUUGCAGCACCAACUGCGAGGAGCUUUCACCAUUGUCGAUGAUUGCUCGUUUAGGGUUUCCCGCUUCGAUAUGUUAUCUGGUUCGGAUGUUCGUUGGUGGGGAGCAUUGUACUCUGAUUUUGAGAAUAUGACCAAUGGGUUCGUAAUUUCUGAUCAGAAGCUUAAUCAAACGUUAAAAAAUGCUUCCUUCGUCGUUCAUUUGCUUGAAAAUGUCACCUGGGACAAAAUAGGGGUGAUCUCUGUGUGGGACUUGCCUACAUCAUCGGAUUUUGGGCAUGCUCUGCUCUCAAAUGUCACAGAAUUGGCUUCAAGUCAAAAUGCCGAAUCACCUCCCUCAGGGGAUGACAGUGUUGUCUUGGGGGGAUCAAAUAACAGUGUGACUACUAAGUCUUCUACCAUGUUUGACAAUUGCAAGCAACUCUCCGACAAGUACAGGCUCCGUUGGAGCUUGAAUGCAGAGGAGGGUUAUGUCGAUAUCGGUCUAGAGGCCAUUGCUGGGUUCCUGAGCUAUAUGGCGUUUGGUUGGGCAAAACCCAAUUCUACAUCAGAACUGAUGUUGGGCGCUGAUAUUGUGGUUGCUGGGUUUAGGGAGGAAGGCUUUCCAUUUGCUGAUGAUUUUUACAUCACAAAGUACAGUGAGUGCUCGGUUAAGGAUGGUACCGCCUCUGGGGUCUGCCCCGAUGCAGUGUAUGGAGGAUCGAAUUCAGUUGGUUCAUUGACGAAUAACACAAAACUGGUUUACGGGCACAGGAGAGAUGGAGUUUCAUUUGUAAGGUAUAGGAGGCCAUUGAACAGCAGUGACAAUAAGUACGAUUUGCCUGUGAAUCCAACCGAGAAAAUGACAGUUAUUUGGGCACUUGGGUUAAUAAAGCCACCGGAUAGUAUUAAUCCUUACUAUCUCCCUCAGAAUCAUGGCGGUGUGGAAUCAGAAAACUACGGUCACUUUUCGCUUAAUCUAUCGGAGCGUGUGGAUGAGUGUUUGGGACCGUUGGAUGCAGAAAAUAAGGAUGUUCAAGAUCUGAUCAUUGCUGAUGCCAAUGCACCUCUUGUUGUCACCGCUGGGCCGGCUGUGCGUUAUCCGAACCCUCCAAACCCUUCGAAAGUACUUUAUAUUAACAAGAAAGAAGCACCGCUCUUGAGAGUGGAAAGAGGGGUUCCUGUGAAAUUCUCAAUACAAGCAGGACAUGAUGUUGCUCUUUACAUAACUUCAGAUUUUCUCGGUGGGAAUGCUACACUACGGAACAGUUCUGAGAAAAUCUACGUGGGUGGGGAAGAAGCUCAUGGAGUUCCUGCAAGUCCAUUGGAACUGGUUUGGUCUCCUAACAGGAAUACACCGGACCAAGUGUAUUAUCACUCUGUUUAUGAGCAGAAGAUGGGUUGGAAGGUUCAGGUCGUUGAUGGGGGCCUCUCGGAUAUGUAUAAUAACAGUGUUGUCUUAGAUGAUCAACAAGUUAAGUUCUUUUGGACCAUAUCAGGAGAUUCAAUAUCAAUUGCAGCUCAAGGUGAGAAGAAAAGUGGGUAUCUUGCGAUUGGUUUUGGUGGCGGAAUGGUGAAUAGUUACGCUUAUGUUGGCUGGUUUGAUAGCAAUGGAACAGGGCGUGUAAGUACUUACUGGAUUGAUGGACAGGAUGCAUCCGACGUGCACCCAACAAACGAGAAUCUGACAUAUGUGAGAUGCAAAUCUGAAGACGGGAUUAUCACUUUGGAGUUCACCCGCCCUUUGAAACCUUCGUGCAGUCAUAGUGGUCGGCCAGAGUGUAAGAAUCUGAUCGAUCCCACAACUCCUGUUAAAGUGAUAUGGGCAAUGGGUGCAAAAUGGACCGAUGAACAGCUGACAGAGAGGAAUAUGCACUCGGUUACUAGUCAGAGGCCUGUUCGUGUAAUGUUAAUGCGCGGAUCUGCAGAAGCAGAGCAAGAUCUACUACCUGUCUUGGGCGUGCAUGGAUUCAUGAUGUUUCUUGCUUGGGGAAUCUUACUUCCCGGUGGGAUAUUAGCUGUUAGAUACCUGAAACACAUCAAAGGUGAUGGGUGGUUCAAGAUUCAUGUGUAUCUCCAGUACUCUGGCCUAGCCAUUGUCCUCCUCGGCCUCCUCUUUGCCGUGGCUGAACUUCACGGUCUCACCUUCAGCUCAAUACAUGUCAAGUUCGGGUUUGCGGCCAUAUUCCUGGCAUGCUCCCAGCCCGUGAAUGCAUCCCUAAGGCCUCCAAAACCGGCUCAAGGACAACGGUUCACUUCCAGAAGACUAUUGUGGGAGUAUUUUCAUGCGAUUAUUGGCCAAUCUGCUGUUGUACUUGGAGUCAUUGCGCUUUUCACGGGAAUGAAACACUUGGGUGAACGUUAUGGGGCGGAAAACGUGCACGGGCUCAACUGGGCACUCGGGUUAUGGAUCUUCCUCGGCGCAGUUGCUGUUGUGUACUUGGAAUACAGGGAAAGAUGCAGAAGAAGAGCGAGAAAUCUCAGCGGAAGCAGCUGGGUCUUGGGAAAUCUCGACGAAGAAGAUGACUCGGCCGAUCUGAUUAACGCGAGAAGAGGUUUUAGAGAGAAAGAGGACGAGGAGAGAUCGGGAGGAGGGACGAUGGAAAUUCAGUUAGAGCCAUUGGCCAGAGAUGACAGUUGACAGUUGCAGAAGCAGAGUUCUCGUCUCUCUUUUUUUCUUUUUUUUUUUAUAAAGUGAUUACAGAAGAGAAAUUACCAAAUUCUUUUUGCCAAUGUACAACACAAACGAAGAAACAGAGUCCAUAAUGUAUGUAUA